AUAGGGCUGGACAAAAAUGAUGGUACCCAUAACUUAAUAUUUUGUUGCACAACCUUUUGAGGCAAUCACUGCAAUUAAACGAUUUCUGUAUUUGUCAAUGAGCGUUCUGCAGCUGUCAACAGGUAUUUUGGCCCACUCCUCAUGAGCAAACAGCUCCAGUUGUCUCAGGUUUGAUGGGUGUCUUCUCCAAAUGGCAUGUUUCAGCUCCUUCCACAUAUGUUCAAUGGGAUUCAGAUCUGGGCUCAUAGAAGGCCACUUUAGAAUAGUCCAACGCUUUUCUCUCAGCCAUUCUUGGGUGUUUUUGGCUGUGUGUUUUGGAUCGUUGUCCUGUUGGAAGACCCAUGACCUGCGACUGAGACCAAGCUUUCUGACACUAGGCAGCACAUUUCUCUCCAGAAUGCCUUGAUAGUCUUCGGAUUUCAUCGUACCUUGCACACUUUCAAGACACCCUGUGCCAGAUGCAGCAAAGCAGCCCCAAAACAUUACUGAGCCUCCUCCAUGUUUCACCGUAGGGACAGUGUUCUUUUCUUCGUAUGCUUGGUUUUUGAGUCUAUGAACAUAGAGUUGAUGUGCCUUACCAAAAAGCUCCAGUUUGGUCUCAUCUGUCCAAAGGACAUUCUCCCAGAAGCUUUGUGGCUUGUCAACAUGCAUUUUUGCAAAUUCCAGUCUGGCUUUUUUAUGAGUUUUUUCAGCAGUGGUGUCCUCCUUGGUCGUCUCCCAUGAAGUCCACUUUGGCUCAAACAACGACGAAUGGUGCGAUCUGACACUGAUGUACCUUGGCCUUGGAGUUCACCUUUAAUUUCUUUGGAGGUUGCUCUGGGCUCUUUGGAUACAAUUCCAACGAUCCGUCUCUUCAAUUUGUCAUCAAUUUUCCUCUUGCGGCCACGUCCAGGGAGGUUGGCUACUGUCCCGUGGGUCUUGAACUUCUGAAUAAUAUGAGCCACUGUUGUCACAGGAACUUCAAGCUGUUUAGAGAUGGUCUUAUAGCCUUUACCUUUAAGAUGUUUGUCUAUAAUUUUUUUUCGGAUGUCCUGGGACAAUUCUCUCCUUCGCUUUCUGUUGUCCAUGUUCAGUGUGGUACACACCUUUUCACCAAACAGCAGGGUGACUACUUGUCUCCCUUUAAAUAGGCAGACUGACUGAUUAUGAGUUUGGAAACACCUGUGAUGUCAAUUAAAUGACACACCUGAGUUAAUCAUGUCACUCUGGUCAAAUAGUUUUCAAUCUUUUAUAGAGGUACCAUCAUUUUUGUCCAGGCCUGUUUCAUUAGUUUGUUUUUUUAAAUAAUUAUGUUAAUCAACAAUUCAAAAGUAAUGGCUGUUUUUGAUUAUUUAAUUUUCAAUAAAUUUUUAUUUAUUGUUACUUUUGUGAGUUUCAAGUGAUUUCAGUGAGAAUUGUGGGUUUUUCCUUCUUUAACUGAGGGGUACCAACAAUUUUGUCCACGUGUGUACAUCCAUCCAGGUGUCACAGUCGGAACACUGAAACUGGUUUCCAACAGUUCAUAGAAACAAUCGAUGGUACCCUGAACGUGUUUCUGUUUUCUGAUAAUUCACCAGAGAAAACUUCAAAAAGGGCAUUCUGGGUAAACUUUCAAGGCUCAUAUCAACAUGUGUGAUAAGUUGUUGGUCAGAACAAGCUCUGGAUAAUGAAAGCAGCAUUUUACUUACAUUUGAUACCAGAAUCAUUGUAUAAACAACUAUUAAAGCUUCACCCAAAGGAUCUCUGAGUGAUGGUGGUUCAGACAUCAUUUUUUAAUGUGUCAUCGAUGCAGUAGAAGUCUGAAUCUUAUCUCAGUACCACAGUGAGGAAGUCCAACAUUUCAAUACAGUUUGUUGUUGGCAUCAUCGCUGACCGGCAAGAUCUUAAAUAACCUUUAAAGAAACCUUUAUUAACCCUUAUUUUCUCCAAUGAAUCCAGUCAGAAACAGUGGAAUUCAAGGAUUCAUUCAUGGAAUUCAUUUAAAAGGUGUUCUUGAUGCAUUUUGUGAAAGUUUACAGAGUUAAUAAUGGCUUCCAUCCACACUGAGACAUUUAGAGGCACCAGAUUAUUUCUAAAUCAAGGUCUGACUUCAGUUUUUGGAGAUUCUAACCUAUGUUUGCAGAACCUAAUGAUGAAUCUAGUUUUAAGUGUUCAGAUUUGAGUUUUCUACCCAGUUUUCAGGAUUAAACCAGCUCCAGGGUACAAAGUCAAGCUUUCAAACCAGUUUGCAAGUUUAAGACUUGAGUUUUCAAACCAGUUAAUUGGAUUAAACCAUUUCCCGAUUACACAACCAAGUUUUUAAAACAGUUUCCAUUAUUCAGACUCAAGUUUUCAAACCAGUUUACAGGAACUGGAGUCAAGUUCUUAAAUCAGUUUACAGGGUUACACCAGUUCCAAGGUACACAAUCAAUCUUUUAAACCAGUUUAAAAGAUUCAAAAUUGAGUUUUUAAACCGGUUUAAGAGAUUUAGAGUCCAGUUUUCGAUCCGUUUCUUCUCACAGCUUUUUUCGGAUUGACAAUCCAGGUUCUGGAACAAGUUUACCUGAUUCAGAAGUGAGUUUUUAACCAAAUAACAGCAUGAAAAAUCUCAUGUUGAGCAAUUUCAUAGCAAUCAGAGUUGAGUUUUAAAACCAGCUUACAGGUUUACUGUUGGGAUUUAGUCUUCAGAUUAGUUUAAAUCCGCUCUACUCGAUAUUUAACUAGUUUUACAUGAUUCUGGACCAAGUUGUUCAACAUUAUCUCCAUACUGUGUUAUUUCCAUCUGUAAAGAAACAGUUCAAGUAAAAAGAGUUGCUGAAGGUGAUGCAACAUGGAGAUGAGCUGAAGCUCCAGAUGUACGAUGACUCUGCAGCGGUGAUAAGGUCUUUGCUGUUCUUCUCUUUUCUUUCUUCCUGAUUUUUAAAGUUCUGAGUAAUGAUGUGUCACUCUGCCUCCCUCGACUCUUUUAAUAACCUCCUGGUUUACAGACAGAAGUGAAGACGACUCCACUUCUACCUGAAGAGGAGAAACCUUCCUCCACCAUAGCAGGUUUGGAAACAACUGCAAAGAUGUACCUGCUGCCCCGCAUGAUGCUGCUGCUGCUGCUGUCAGCUGGAACCAGUCUGGCUGUGGAUGCUAACUGGUUAGCUCGUAUUGUAAAUGCCCUCCGGAGAGAGUACCGAGUGUCGGGUCAGUUCUGUUUGGCUGCAAACAUCCCAAGAGGUCAGGACCCAAACACCCUGAACCAAGUCCUUCAGAACGACGGCUACAGGGCAAAGGUUGAGCCAACGCUUAACGAUGGUGAAGUGUACGUGGGAAACGCGGUGGUUCUAGCCAAACCCGCAGGUCCGGUACACGCAGAACCUCAAGUUCUGGAAAACUUGGAUCCACUGAUGGAGAACAGCCAAGGACACGUCCUGGUCAUCUACUCCUACCUCUCCCCAUGCAGCAAGUGUACAAGCCAUAAAAAGUUCAGGAUCACUGACAUGAUCAGAAGCAAUGUCGUGAACCAGUGGACUGACUAUGCCUUCGUGUUUACAACUCUCUUCACCAAGCCGAGGUUUUCAGUGGCAGGUCAGUCUGGUUCACGAGGUUCAAAUGACUUAACACAAUCCCUCACCGAUCUGGCCGACUCUGGGCUCCGCCUCAGAAACAUCUUCCGCUGUUACAAACCACAGAUGGAGUUUGAGUGCUACAGCUGCUCGUCACACGGACAGGUCGCGGAUGUUUGCGUUGAUGACAAUGCUCAGCCUCAACAGGGAGGAAGUAGAAGCAGCGAUAGAAGUGGAAGCAGCGAAAGAAGUGGAAGCAGAAGUAGUAGCAGCAGUAGUGAAGUCAGCAGAAAGAGACCCAGAUACGGCACUCAGGGUGAAAGCAGCAGCAGCAAUCGAGGUAGGAGAUGGGACAGGAGCAACAGGAGGAGUAGCAGCAGUGAAAGAAGCGGUAGAAAGCAAAAGAAGCAGCAGCAGAAGAAGAAGCAGCAGGGAGAAGAAAGCACCAGCAGGAGAAGAAGCACCAGCAGGAGAAGAAGCACCAGCAGGAGAAGAAGCACCAGCAGGAGAAGAAGCACCAGAGAGAAGAAGCACCAGCAGGAGAAGAAGCACCAGCAGGAGAAAAAGCACCAGCAGGAGAAGAGCAGAAGAAGAAGGGGUUAAAGCAGAGGUUAAAAGACUUCAGGGUCUGAUGCGAUUCAGGUCGAUCAAACUUGCAUCGUCCCUGAACUCAACCUAAAUGAGAGAAAAACCUCCUUUACGCUUAAAAAAAAACCCGCAGUGUUUUUCCCUUGCUGAGCAGAGCUAGAAGCGUUUGGUUGACGCCACGAAAGUGUAGAAUAUUUAGUAUGAAGGUCAAACUUCCUAGUAGGUUAUCUUGGAGCUCAACCACCAAAAUGACACCGUUUGUCUGUCAGAAUCUGUAGAAACAGAAGGAAAUGUCGGGUUUUCUGCAGUCAUUGAAAGCAUCAUGCGUGCUGCUGUAGUGCAAAGUCUAGAAACGUGAUGUUUCCAUCAGAGUCACCUUAUUUCUACACAUCUUUUUCCAAUUCCCCCCCCCCCCAAAAAAAAAUAAACCUUUUGAACCAGAUUCUGUGAGAAACAAUAAAGUUCCGAGCUCCUCCAGUGAACUGCAGGCAGUGUUUCCACAGAGCGGAGAAGAGAUGGCAAGGAACUCAAAAUGAUCCGAAAUGGCUCAAAAAUGAUCAUUUUGAUCAAGUUUAAAGUGACUUUGAACAGUUUGCGUUAUUUUAGACAAUUCUUGAGUUGAUUUAACUAAGUUCUGAGUAUUUUUUGUUACUUUGGACACAUCUUGAGACAUUUUGGACAAUUUUACGAUUCAAAUCUUUCUAAACGCUUUCAUGGCUCAGACAGAGCAGAGAAGUUGUUGGAGAUAUAUUCAGCAUGGUCGGCAGCAGCAGGACUCAACUAAUGUCAUUUUGAGCCAAUUAAGAAAUAAUUUUAAACACAAUUUCAGUAAUUUUCAACAGUUUUUAGUCAUUUUUGACAUUUCUUUGUUGCUUUGGACCAAUUUUGAGUCAAUUUGGUCAAUUUUAUGCUACUUUCAGCAGGUUUCAAGUUAAUUUAGA